AUGAUUGUACGGUGGCCAAAAAUGGUACGACCCGCAGGCUGGCUCCUGAUGUCGGUUGCGCUGUUCGUAGUUUGUUUCGAUCUGUCCGGUGGAUGGCGAUUCGAUAGAGUGCCCAGACUGUAUGGAGACAAGCUGCCGACGAAAGCCAUUUCGCCGCGGUUGCGCAAAGUUCAAAGGCGGAUUGUGAUGCUACACGAUCACUACCGCACCAAGGUGGUGCCACCGGCCGCGAAUAUGUUAAACAUGAAAUGGCACCACGGAGCGGCACGAUCGGCGCAGAAAUGGGCGAACCAGUGUCGGUUGUUGACCCACGACACACCCAAGGGUCGGUGGAUCGACAGCUACGGAGCCUGCGGACAGAACAUCUUCGUCUCGACGCACCGUGUCCCGUGGUUGUUUGCGCUGCGGACGUGGUUUUUGGAGCGACAAAAUUUCACGUACGGUUCGGCCAGGAACGAUCUGGUUGCCGUCGGCCACUACACGCAGAUGGUGUGGGCCGCCACGCAUAAGGUCGGCUGUGGGUUGACCAAGUGCCCGCGGGGAGGCCCACGGGGGAAACCGUUCUACAACUACGUCUGCAACUACUGUCCCAUUGGAAAUCACCAGGAGAAACUGGGCAUACCCUACAAACGCGGCCGCCCGUGCGGUUCCUGCCAUUCGCACUGCCUAUCGCGCAGAACAAGACUCUGUACGAACAUCUGCACCACAGCCGAUCUGUGGGCCAACUGUCGGGAUCUGCACCGGACUUGGCCGGGGUGGCUCUGCAACACGGCCACACCAGAGGGCUUGGAGCGGCAAAGCAACUGUGCAGCAACCUGUACCUGCCCGGGAAAAAUUCACGACUGA